UAAUAUAAUUACAUUUUAUUAGUGUAAAUAUUUUUAAAAAAGUAUAAGUCGAUUGUACUCAAACAAUCGUUUACAAUCGUGACGCGGGUCGAUGUUCGAUAUUAUGAUACCACAUGGUAACGGAGGUAAAAUGGCGUUAACUGUCCCCUGUGUUGCUGUGCGAGGUUCCACUGGUAUCAGUUUAGGACAAGGACCACCUUCGUACGAACCAGUGACAACAUUUCCUAAAGAUGAUAGUAAAUUGUGCAGAGUUAUGUUAUUUAGUCCAGAUGGACGUUAUUUUGCAUGGACUAACGAAACCUCUGUUAAAAUUGUACUUUGUAAUACAUGGAAAAUUAUCACAGAAAUUAAAAAACCAAAAGUUAGUGCUAUACAAUUCUCCAGUAAGGGGACAUAUUUCAUGACAUGGGAGCCAUUCAUUGGUAUUAACUAUAAAAUAUAUUUUAUUGUAAUAUCAAUUACAGUAUUAUAUAUUUCUAAAUUAAUUUCAGCAACACUACCUAAUCUUCAUAUAUGGAAAACAGAAACCAAUGAGUUAGUGAAGAGUUUUAUACAGAAAAAGCAAAGAGAUUGGGAGCCUCAAUGGUCAAGUGAUGAGAAAAUCUGUGGAAUAUUGAUGGGUGCAGAUGUCAUAUUUUAUGAAGAUGCCAAUUUUGAAAAAAUUGUACACAGGAUAAACAUAGCCAAAGUUGCUAAAUUUAGUAUAGCGCCCAAUAAUGCUCCGUACCACAUCCUUUGCUAUGUGCCUGGAAAAUCAGGCCAGCCCUCACUCGGUAGAUUAUUCCAGUAUCCAAAAUUUGAAUCAACACAAGCUUUAGCAAGUAAAAGUUUCUUUCAGGCUGAUAGAGUUGACAUUUAUUGGAAUCAAAAAGGAACAAAUGCAUUAUUAAUGACAAGCACAGAGAUUGAUAAAGCUUCCUAUUAUGGAAAACAAACAUUACACUAUGUUAGUACAAAAAGAGAAACAGCUAUGGUCAUGCUCAGUAAAGAAGGUCCUAUUUAUUCAGUGCAAUGGUCUCCAAAAAACACAGAAUUCUGUGUUGUUUAUGGUUUUAUGCCUGCAAAAGCUACACUCUUUAAUCUUAAAUGUGAACCAAUAUUUGAAUUUGGUGCACUGCAUAGGAACAGUAUAUAUUACAAUCCUCAUGGAAACAUUAUGAUCUUAGCUGGUUUUGGUAAUCUUUCUGGUGGCAUUCAAUUAUGGGAUGUCGUGAAUAAAAAACUUAUUGCCGAAAUCUCUGCACCUGAUACUACUCUCCUGGAAUGGUCACCAGAUGGUGAACAUUUUAUGACAGCUACGACAGCACCUAGAUUGCGAAUGGGAAAUGGGUUUAAGAUUUGGCACUAUAGUGGAACAUUAUUAUAUGAACGGCCAUGGAAUAAACAAGAAGAACUAUGGGAAGUUCUUUGGCAAACAUUUCCUCUUGAUACAUUCAAAGAAAAGCCGAUUAGUUACAAAGCUGUAGAAGGUAUCGCACCAAGUCAACCACAAGCAUCAAAACAAGUAUACAGACCACCUUCUGCAAGAGGACAAACUAUAACUUUCAAAUUACAUGAUGAUGAUGAGUUUGGGCCAAAACCCAAUACAGAGGCUAAUCCAUCAAAAGCUGCUUUGAAGGCAAAAAAGAAACGCGAAGCAAAAAAAGCUAAGAAAGAAUUAGAGGCUAUUGCUAUGUCUUCUCAAUUACAAACAAAUAAUCCAACUACUAAUGGUCAGAUUUCAAAUACUUCAUCAAAAUAUCAAAGUAAUGUUGUUGCAUCAUCUGAGUCAGAUCUUAUAGAUGAUCCUGAGAAGCAAAAAAAGAUAAAGAGACUUAAAAGUAAACUAGACCAAAUAUCAAAAUUAAAGGAACAAUUAUCAGCAGGGAAACAAUUAGAAAUCAAUCAAUUAGACAAGAUCAAAAAAGAAGCAGAGUUAAUAAAAGAACUCGAAGAACUUAUUUUGUGAUGAUCUGAUGAAAUUUUUCAGACAGAGACAGAUUUAAAUAAUAUAUUACUUUCAAAUACUUCUCGCAAAGAAGAGAAACAAUCUUGGUAUUUGUUUCGCAGUACACUAUCUAAGAGACACGAUUAGCUCUCAGUUAAAUCGUUUUCUCUGCAAAUGGGAUAAUGGGAACAAUCUGAAAUUGAGUCAGUGACUUAAAUCAGUUUACAAAUUAUCGUGGUGUCUCUAGAUGUGGAACACAAAUUGCAUUUGUGAAUGAUAUAUACACAAGGUGACGUAUCAAUUCGUGACGAUUUGGGGAAGUUUACUUCUCUUUGAUCACAUUUUUUUAAUUAUGAUAUUAAUGAUGCGAAAAAAUUGAAAUCUUGUGCCAGUUGAUAAUAUUGAUAGUAACCAAGCUUCCUUUAAAUGUAUUGUGUAAAUUAAUAUAAAAAGUAAAAAAAAAAAAUGAAUGCUUUACGUGUGUACUCGGCACGUAUAAGUAAUAUAAUAUACACAUAAACAUAUACAUACACGACUUGACGAAUGAAUCGAAGUGAAUGAAGUAUUUACUUAAUACCAACUUUGGUAUUAUAUGUGGUAAAUAGAAGAACUUAUAUAAACAUGAAUAUUUGCAUGAAACUUGUAAGAUCAAGUACAAUGUAGCACGACUAUGAAAUAUACAAAUAUGUUCCUUAUAUGAUAGGUGCUAUUCUUUGAGAAGAGUCGUGUUUUAAACGCCGAUUGCUUACCAAGGAUCAGAAGUAUUAUUUUUGUCUUCUUUGUGGAUUUUGCAUUUUCUAUAUGAUAUAUAAAUUGACUUAAAAUUUUACGGUAUAAUAACGGUACAUCUUCGCCUUUAAUAACGCAUUCAAAAUAGAUAUAUAAACGAUAAAUAUCAAUAUCUUCAAUUGUAAAAACUUCAUGUCAGGUUCUCAUAGCCACGCAACUAAUUAUUUUGCAUAGUUUUGCUAUGAUCUUUACAAAAAUUGUUAUAUGUUUUGUAUGGCUAAACAAGAAAAGGAAACUGCUAAUAACAUGCUCGUAUGAUUUAUACUUUGAAAUACAUUUUCAAGUAAGAAUAGAUACUUCCAUUAUAUUUACUAUUCCGAAUUAUAUAUAAUAUAUAUAUAUAUAUAUAUAUAUAUAUAUAUAUAUAUAUAUAUAUAUAUAUAUAUAUAUAUAUAUCAUUUGUUCAUACUGCUUACACUUACUGUACUUAAGAAGGAUACGUUUCUGUUUCUUUAUGUUUUUAAAAAUCCAUAAAUAAAUUUUGAUUUUGUUCUUUUAAGUAUAAAGAACAUGAUAAUGUGUGCGAACUGUUUGUUUCACAUAUAUUUUUUCUUUUUUUUUUUUUUUUUUAAUUGAAAUCAUUUUCUGAAUUUAUAACCUAUAUUUUUUUCUUUUUUUUUUCUUUUUUUUUUUUUUUUUUUUAAAUAUACAAAAUAUCUAUAAUAUUCAUACAUGCACUGAAUAUAUUUGUCCUAACAGUGUUGAAGAGGAUGAGCGUAGUUUGAAUUAAACAAAUUUUAUUCUAAUACGAUUAUCAAGAUGGCACAAUAGAAUUCUAAGAACUUAUGGUAUUCACGAAUAACGACUGUACAAAUCAGAUGAUAAUUAAAUGCAUGCAAGUUAAGAAA